CACCCACCCUUAACCUCCCCCUCAAACCUCACUCCCACCAAAGAGAAAAAUGACAACCCACCGCGCCGACGCGAGCACCUUCCUCGACAACCGGGGCUACAGCGGGCCUUUAAUCCGGGGCGUGAACCCCGCCACACUCUUCGAAAAACCCGUUCGCGACCGCAUCACCGACUCCUACUACUGGAAAGAGCAAUGUUUCGGACUCAACGCGGCAACCCUCUGCGAUCGCGCGGUCGAACUCACCUGCAUCGGGGGCGUGUAUGGGGUCGCGGAGAAACCAUCGCCGUUUUUGUGUCUUGCGUUUAAGUUAUUGCAGUUGAACCCGGGGAGGGAGGUGGUGUUGGAGUAUUUGAAUUUUACGGACGAGGAACCAGAUUCAGAUGAUGAGGGGGAUAGGGAGGUGGAUACAGAUGCAAGGGUACUCAAAACGAAAGGAUCCUUCAAAUACCUCCGCGCCCUGGCGGCGUUUUAUGUCCGGUUGACGUUUGAGCCGGUGGAGGUGUAUAAGACGCUGGAACCGUUGUUGUUGGAUUAUCGGAAACUGAAACGACGCGUGCGGGAUUCGUUUACCCUGACGUAUAUGGAUCAGUUUGUGGAUGAGUUGUUGACCAAGGAGAGAGUGUGUGGAACUAGUUUGUGGAAGUUGCCGGCUAGGCAGCAGUUGGAGGAUUUGGAUUUGUUGGAGGUGAGGGUGAGUCCGUUGCAGGAGGAGUUGGAGGAGAUGGAGAGGAGUGAUCGGGAGGAUGAUGAGGAUGAUGAUGGGGGGAGGGAGGGCGAUGAUUGAGCUUGGUUUCUCGGGUUAUACAUCUUUCAAGAAUCUGGGUUGGGCUACUGGGACAGUGGGCUGAAUCCCUGCUAUUUUCUGCUCGGGUCGGCCAUCAGUACCUGCCGGUCUACACGGAGUCGAGCCAGUGGAUCGAGCUGAGCUCAUAUCCCGGCACAUACCGCCGCUUACAGCCAGGCG